AUGCUGAGCAAGAAGAGGCGGCGAGUGGAGCGCCCGAGGAGCCACCCCGGCAACCGAUACUCGGAGAAGCCGCCCGACUUCGAGCUCUUGGCCUCCCUCUACCCCUCCUUUCAGCCCUUUGUCUUCGUCUCUCGCAGUGGUCGCUCUACCAUCGACUGGACCGACUUCGACGCCACGCGCGAGCUCACCCGGGUGCUCCUCCAGCACGAUCAUGGCGUUCAGUGGUAACCUAAGCUUUCAGACUGUUUGAAAAUCAGGUUUACUUAGGGCGGCGGGGGGAGGGGGGGUGGCGGAGGGGUGCUCCUCCGGUUGCUUCCUUUUGGGAUGGAUACGAGAAUUCGGCAUAUGUUCUGGAGGAUUUCGCAUUCUCCACCACUGCAAUCUUAGCUUGGAUGAUCCUUUGCAGGUGGAUUCCCGACGGCCAGCUCUGCCCCACGGUGCCCAACCGGUCGAAUUACAUCCACUGGAUCGAGGACCUGCUGUCGUCUGGUAUCAUCCCAAAGAGAAACAACGAUGAUCCUGAUGCGAAAGUGAGGGGCUUCGACAUCGGGACUGGAGCAAACUGCAUAUACCCCCUUCUCGGUGCGUCACUGCUGGGCUGGAGUUUCGUUGCGGCAGGUGUGAGCUCCCUAUUUUCUCUGUACAAGAUUGCGUUCUGUCCGAAAUCUCUGUACAAGAAAUGGCUUCAUCUUGUCUUCACAGAUGUCACGGACGUGGCUUUGGAAUGGGCUAGAAAAAAUGUGCAGGACAAUCCCCAUCUCUCUCAUCUGAUCGAGAUCAGAAACGCCAAUGGCGGGUCAUGUUCUAACGAGCUCAGGACGGGUUCUGAAGGAAUUGCUGACAUGAAGGUCGAGGCCCCUGAGGAUUGCUACUGCGGACCACCCAUUCUCGUCGGUGUUGUCAGAGAAGGCGAGGAAUUCGACUUCUGCAUGUGUAACCCGCCCUUCUUCGGGAGCAUAGAGGAGGCGGGUCUGAAUCCGAAGACUUCCUGCGGGGGGACGCCUGAGGAAAUGGUCUGCCCUGGCGGGGAACGGGCUUUCAUCACCCGCAUCAUAGAAGAUAGUCUGGCGCUGAAACACCGCUUCAGGAAAGCGUCGAAACUCCCACCACGAAUGGCUGUAGCGAUCAUCAUGAAGCAUCUCCAUGUCUUGUUCUCCCUUCUGACUCUGGUCACGCUACAGGUGGUUCACAUCGAUGAUCGGAAGAAAGGUCAAUCUGAAAUUCUUGGUUUCCAAGCUUCGUGAGGUGGGGGUCUCCAUAGUGAAGACGACUGAGUUUGUUCAAGGCAGGACAGCCAGAUGGGGGCUGGCUUGGUCUUUUAUGCCUCCAAAUAUAAAGUCCGUGUCGUUGCCCUCAUCAGAAAAGAGUAGCUACUCGUUCAUGCUACAGGUUUCUUCAGAACAGAUGCCUCUCUUUCUUCCAUACAAUCCUUGGUUCCAUUCAGUUCUCCAGGGCUACAUCACUGAUUAAUUAUAGCGUUUAUCUAGGGCAAUGAGUUGUAUCUCCUGAUUUUUUCGGUUUCUGGCACAUGGAAGAUUAUUUGAUGUCAUUAUUUUCACGGAAUGACACAUCAAUAUUGAUUCAUGUUACGGGUAUAUUAAUCAUUCAUGAUAAUAAUAAUAAUUGAUAAUAUGCUGAAAAAUAUUCUCAAGUUAAUUUAUAGGCUACUUGAGGAUGAGUAUUUAUUCCCAUUCUACUGUGGAAUUUAUGUUCGAAAUAAUUUCUACCCAUUCCCAGCGCCAUCUAAUUUUCUCUGCCGAUUUUAUUUCUAUUUUUAUACAUUUUACCGAGUGUUCUGCAGAGCUACUCCUGCUGAUGUAUAAAUCAUGGAAAGUGGAUCCGUUACAUUCUUCGUCAUCUCUGUCCCCUGUGAUCUUUUUAUUGUCCCUUGCUUAGUAAUGCAUGAUCCAUGAUGAUAUGGUUCCAUUUCCCAUACAUCUUCAUGCUUUUAGAUAUUUUCAUGCAUAUAUGCUUCUUCUUGGAUAGAUGCUGGGGAGUUGGCGAUUAUUAUCAUCUCAAAGCUCACCUUUUUACUGCAUCCUGACAUUAUUUUUUUCUUGAUGUUAAAGGGUCUUAAAGGGCAAAAUCGCGCCUUUCAGACGUUGAAAACUGUGGAGUCAUUUUUCCUGGCUUGUGGCUCCUGUAGAUCUGAUACUUCAUCAUUUUCCGUUAAUGUUAGUUUUUUUUCUCGGCCCACAAAUCAAAACCCUUUAAUUUUUUUCCUAAUUGGGCAUUUCCUCAUGUGUAAAAUUUAUUUGCUCCCCCAGGUGAUCAUGUCCAAUGAACAGAUUGUUGACCUAGUCCAGAAGAACCUGUGUGAUUCUGAUCUGCCAACCAGUGUGUCAACCAGCAUCGAGCAUUCAUCAGGGGAUCAGAAUUUCAGCAUUUCAGUACGCUCACAUUAGCUUUAAAAUCUCUUCGUUUCGUCAUUUUAGUAGAAUUGCUCCUGGUAAUCAGAUGGGCAUCGAUUUAUUUUUUAUUUCAGGUUUUUGAGCAAAUUCCCGGGACCUUAUUGGUGAAAGGAUCAUUGCUCGAUAAAGAGAGCCCAUUUGCAGGUUACUAUCUUGCAAAAAAGCUUUCUUUAUGUGUUAUAUACGCUCUUAUGAUCUUAUCCCUUCACUGGCUAUUUUUGAAUGGUAGAUUUAAGAUAAUUUACCUGUUAGAAUUCAACUCAAAGAGGAAAAAAAUCGUGUUUAGAAAAAAAAUUAGAUGGGUUUCGAAGAAAAUUCGAAUCACGUGAAGAACUUGUGGGUAUGAUGCAUCGGAUAUAAUUCGAUGCAAACUUUGGAGCCAUUUUUAAUGUAAGUAGAAGGAUCAGAUAUGAUUCGAUGCCACUUGCUGAGUUUGGUAUAAUCUUGUGGGCAUUGAUGUUCGAUGAGAGUUUGAUGAUCUUUUAUGAUCACCAGCCAUAUUCUAGUUUUUAAAUAUUCCCACGAGAAUUGAGCGUGGCUACAUCAUGCUGGCAGAUCUCAAGUCAACUGCAGUAAGAAUUAAUAGAGGGGCGAGUUGAUCUUUUCACUUUGAGUUUAUGAGAAAACAUAGCACCAAGCAGAGAAUGAGAAUUCGGAAACUCAGCGACCUCACUAUUGCCAGGAACUUUCUUGAUCUCACCAAGGGUGGAUAUUCUUUGUGAACUGUAGUUAGACUUAGAGAGAGAGAGAGAGAGAGAGAGCAGAUAGGGUGCAAUCUUUUGGGCCGGAACCAAUCAAUGUCGGGAGCUGGGGCAGGGCAUUGUUUCUUCUGGAAAGAUUUCCAGUCCCAAUCUCCAAAGAAAUUUGACCGGACUUUGAGCUUUGGCUGCUUCCUUUUAUUUCUGGAAUAUUUUAAUCAUCCCAAGGGAGUCUCCUUUCUCCUUCCUUUUUUACUCUGUUCUGUGCUGUGUAUUCUCCACGUCAGUCUACUCAUAUUCGUGUUCCUCACCAUAUCCUUCUGCUUCCUGAUGCUUGCAGGGGUGUUUCCAUGGAUAUUCCAGCUUCUAGAGAAAACUCUGCGAAGGGAGAUCGUCCCAAAGCUCCAUGGGCAGUGA